AUGCGACUUGCCAGUUGUGAGGUUCGCGUCGAGGGAGUGUGGGGUGUUUUGUUCUCCUGUCGAUCGCUGCCGGAUGGGGAGGACGGAGACUCUCUUAGCUUGCGGUCUGGCUUGGAGGGGAAUGAUUUGGUCGAUUAUGGGGAUCUAGACUAUGCUGAUUAUGUUGCUCGACGUGGCGUGAGUCGUCUUAUGCCGUGGAUGGAUGGCCUGUGUGUUUAUUUAUUGCUUGUUUGGGUAUCGUGCGAUAGCGACGAGGACGUAGAGUGGCCGGAGUUGCGGUUUUUCCGACGUGGGAUUCCGAAGAAGAGCUGUCUGGCCAGGAUAUUGACCAUUGUUUGA